AAAGAACAAGUGAUCGGAGUGAUCUGACGUCACAAACCAAAACACCAAAAUUUUGCUUGAAAAUGACAAGCGGGUGGGAGGUUGGUGUUGCUGCGCAAGUUGUGAACCCUUUGAUGUCGACCUCAUCAGCUGUGAUGGAGGACCUUUUUGCCCGCGGUGAAGAUGAACAGCCAGGCGUGGAGGGAAGCCCAGAGCAGCAGCAACUGUCUGAGCGGCUGCAGGGGCUUGUUUUGCGGUAUGAAUCCGUUGUGCUGUGGGCGCAGAGGCUAUUGGUCUGGGAGAGGCCCCUGCACAGCAUCCUUACAGCCUGUGCUCUCAACGGCGUGUUCGGGCUUUUGUCUUCCACAUCCCUCCGUCCACUGUUCCUGAUGAGCUUGACUCUCCUGGCAGUGGUGCUGCUGGACAAAUGGAAGCUGCUGCCUGACGCAGUCCAGCGUGCCGAAGACUCUGGAAGUCACAGCGAGGGUGCGGCUGUACACCCCCGACUCCUCAGCGUUCCAGAACUGUGCCAUCACCUGGCUGAGAGCUACUUCACCUGGACACUCUAUCUGCAAGAAAUGCUUCAGUACAAAAGGCAGAGCCCUGGAAAGUUCUGUGCAGUAGUGUGUGCAGGAUGCUUGUUUUUGGCUGUAAUUGGGCACUACAUACCAGGAAUCAUGAUUUCUUACAUUAUUUUACUGAGUGUCCUGCUGUGGCCUCUGGUGGUGUACCAUGAACUGAUCCAGAAAAUGUACACAGGACUGGAACCCAUAUUGAUGAAACUGGACUACAGCAUGAAGGGAGGAACACAUCAUCGCAAACACCAGAAGAAAAAAGUGAAGAAAGAGCCAGAAGGAGAUGAUGCGGUGGCUGAAACAGACAGUGAGAGUGAGGAGGAGCUCUCCUGCUUCUCCCCAAUGGUGGAUGUGAAAACCACAGCUUUAGCUCUAGCCAUCACCGACUCUGAGCUCUCAGAUGAGGAGGCCUCAAUUCUGGAAAGUGGAGGAUUCUCAGUUUCCAGGGCAACAACGCCUCAACUAACCGAUGUCUCUGAAGGUAAUCAGCAGAGUGUAACCAGCGAACCUGAGGAGACUUUUUCCAAAGAGCUGCCGGAAUUCCCCUCUCUAGAGGAGUUCACAUGGAGUGAGCAGGGUCUCGAGGGGGGCUUGGAAGAGAUGGAUACCGAGCAAACCCCUGCCAGCUUCCUCAUUCAGAGACUGGCAUCCCCUUUGCACUUUGUCAACACGCACUUCAAUGGACAUGGAAGGCCCACAGGGGGCGCCAUCAAACAAGAAGGGCCUGAAGGACUGGGCCUUGCGCUGGAGGGUCUGAGUGAGGAGAUUGUCUCCACUGCUUUCGCCACUGUGGUCCAGAACACACUCUCUGCCCUGCUGCGUUCCAACGAGGCCAGCGAAGCCCCUUCCAUCGCCGAGCUGGUGCCGCGAGAGCCUCAGGAAUGUAUGGAGGGGCACCUGGCUGAGACAGAACUGAAAGAGCAGCCUGAAGCAGGCCUGGAGGAUGAGGACUUCGAGCUACUGGAUCAGAGGGAGCUGGAGCAAGCAGAUGCAGUGCUGGGUUUCAGCACGCAGCACAGGCCAGACGAGCAGACAGCUCCCACUGCACAGGCUUCACAUACAGCCUCCCUCAAGCCAAGCCCUAAGCACAGCCAGUCCUAGCUUUAAAAAAAAAAAAACGUAACACACUUUUCAGUAAACAGACAUUCAUUUGUUUUGUAACUGACAGCCCUGUAUUUGUUAAUAUAUGAAAGCUGCAUUCCCCUCCUGCAAGUCAGUUUCACCCGUGAUGGGAAAGAUAGUAAAACUGAGACAGACUGCACACAAGGUACAGUGGCAGAUCUAAACAUUAUAAAGGAUUUUUUUCCUGACCUUUUUA